AUGUUGGGAUCUGGCGAAACCACGAGCGAAAUGACCGACAAGGAGCUCCCGUCCCUGGACAUCUUCAAAGAAAGCGUAAACGCCGAUGCCCCAGCAACGACGUCCAUCAAGGGCCACGAUGCCGUCUUCGGCAUCCCUCGAAUUGAUGGCGCUCCCAAGUGAGACUCGACGUGCUCCUCGAAAUUUUAGCUCGGAAAACCUAACGACUCCCGCCUGUUUUUCCGCGAAACUAGCUACGUCAAUGUCGGCUGGAUCCGAGCGGCCGUGUUUCUCAUGUACGCUUUUUCCGCGGCGCCUAUGGCAAGCUUCUAGUACAGCGGGCCGCUGUGUCAGCCGCAUGUUUACACUCUAGCUGACAUCCCUACCAACUUCCGAAUGCUUCGACAGGAAGUCGCAGGUCGGGCUCGGAGUUCUAGGUGGGUCUCAUUCGACUGUGCACAAGUGCUCGGAUAUUAGUGAGGCAAAAGUCGCUGAUUAUCUAUCAGGCGAGUGCUGUAGGCGUUCCAUUCGUCUUUUCGGCGAUCGGACUCAUUCCUGGUAUUCUAGGAAUCAUCGGUUUGUCUAUGAUGUCGACUUGGAGUAGCUAUGUUGUCGGCACGUAAGCACUGAACGAGUGGCGCUUUGUCUUGAAACGGAAAGUAUCGUGCUAAAACCUUCGGACUUUGCCGUCUCACCGCGGUCAGUUUCAAGCUGCGACAUCCUGAAGUACAUUCGAUCGCGGAUGUAGGGUUCAUUCUUGGCGGACGCUUUGGAAAAGAACUCUUGGGCUCGCUCUACGCCUUGUGUGAGUCCCGCCGCUAUGAGAGCCCACUCCCGAACCCCGCGCUCAUCAAACUUCUCACGACAGACACCUUGUGCAUCUGUGCCUCUGGGCUACUCAGCAUCUCGAUCGCACUCAACGCUCUGACCAAUCACGGGACAUGCAGCGUGACUUUCGUUGUGGCAGGAUCCAUCGUCGUAUACUUCUUGUCCAUUAUUCGUACGAUUGACAAGAUCUCGUUCCUCGGGUGGAUAGGAAUGGUCUCAAUCUUCUCCGCCAUCUUCACACUCGGAGUUGCAGUCGGCGUCCAGGAUCGACCUGCCGCAGCACCUCAGACGGGUCCAUGGGACGGACACUUUCAGUUGGUGGGACACCCGACGUUUUUCGAAGCUUCGAGUGCUCUAGGGACGAUCGUGGUCGGGUUCGGUGGUACGCCUGCGUUUUUCAACGUGGUCUCCGAGAUGCGCGACCCCAAGGAUUUUCCAAAGACGGUGCUUCUGUGCCAAAGCUCCAUCACGUUCGUCUACCUGGUCGUCGGGAGCAUUGUUUACGCAUUCUGCGGAGAUUAUAUCACAUCUCCGGCUCUCGGAUCGGCCGGUCCCGUCCUUAAAAAGGUGUGCUACGGUCUUGCGCUGCCAGCUUUGAUCGUCGGGUAAGUUCGUCUCCUGCGCGAGUCUCCCUGCCCAAGCCCGCUCAUCUUCACUUGAACGACGCUUGGUAGCUCUGUCAUAUACCUCCACCUCUCUGCCAAGUACAUCUUUGUCCGUAUACUCCGCGGAGGAGCCCAUCUCGUCUCCAACUCUGCGAUUCAUUGGAUCACCUGGCUCUCGUCCGUUCUAGGCUGCCUCAUGAUCGCCUUCUUCAUCGCCCAGGCGAUCCCCGUCUUUAGCGGCUUGAUCGAUCUCGUUGGAUCGUUGUUCGGUACGAUAAUGAGUCUGAGUAUCAUGGGUGUGAUGUGGCUGUACGAUCACUUGGAGGAGCGACAUUCGAAUACGACGUGGAGGUAUAGAGCUUUGGUGGCAUGGAAUAUCUGGAUGAUCGCGGGAGGGGCUUUCCUCAUGUUGGCCGGGUGAGUCUGACUACGUGGUCGACUGUCGUGUGCGAUAAGAGUAGUUUGACAAGCGGUUUUCUCUUUGUAGAACGUACGGUUCCGCCGUGUUAAUCCGAGCCCAGUACGCGGGCAAAGCCUUGACCGUCUUCAGCUGCGCAGACAACUCGGCUUGA